AUGAAUAUAUGUACCACUUGCAGACAUAAAUUACCUGCUGAAGCCUUUCUUCACAAAGGUAAAGUCUUUAAGACUUGUUCAAAUUGCUUGAUUGUGAGGUCUAGGAAGAGAGCUGCAAAACGAUCUUCCAUAAACGAUCAACAAUUAGAAAGAGAAAUAGAAGUGAUUGAGAAAAUUUUUUUAUCUGAAGUUGUCGAUUAUGUCACCAGCAAAGCCACUAAUCUUGAGCAUGAUAACAUGCUGUCCUUCGAUCUUUGCAUUGAGCUUGAUGAUGUAUUGGUUGCUGCACAUGAUGCAAAGAAUAUGGUAAAGUUAAUAGUGGAUGAGAUUGAGGGAUUUGAUGGAUAUGAUUGGGUAUUCACAACUGGACCUGAAAUGUCAUUAUGCCAUCGUGAAGUCAGUAUAUUUUAUCUUGCAUGUUCACAGUGCCGUGAACUUGAGCGUGAAUAUAAGGAAUCAAACCGAAAGAGAAUGACCCGUUUUGAUUGUCAUGGCAAGUUGACCAUUCAUAUCGACAUGCCAGCAAGAGAAGCAAUGAUUGGAUUUCAUCAUAAUAUUCAGCAUGAGAAACCUGUCGAUAUUACUACCCCACCAGAAGUAAAGCGUGAAAUUAUGCAAAAUCUUCACAUGGAUCCUGUGCAGUUACGAACACAUCUCUGUCAAAUGUUUGAUGUUUCGCUUGUUACUGCAAAACAAAUUUACUAUUGGUGGUCAACAUCUUGCCAGCACUUUUAUAAAUCAGAUGAAGAUCAUGUAGUUUCUGCACGCCACUUUUUGAAAGGGUCCCAUACUGUUGCCAGUGAGCUUUGUUUCGAUUGGAGUACUGACUUGGUUACAGUGAUUGGAUUCACAACCCCUUUAUUAGCUGGACUAUUACCAUUGUUGAGUAUACAUUGUGAUGCGACUUACAAAACGGUCAAAGAACGCUUCGAACUCUACGGGAUUAUCAGUAACAUUGAGGGUGCAGGAUUUCCAGUAACAUAUCUCAUUUUGAAUACUACGAAGACGCCAAACAAUGAAGAACAAACGGGAUUACGGACAACGGCACUUAAGGCUAUCAAGGAAAAGCUUAAGAGUCGCAAGCGAAUUCAUCGCAAUCAAUACCAAUCGGAUGAAGCUGUAACAGAGUUUGAUUUUAUUGAUCCCACUUUCAAGCCUGAUCUGGAACGUAUUAAGCCUGAGUACUACAUAAUAUGCUCACCGAAUUUGCGAGAUAAAAUUAUUGAUCUCAUCAGAAAGCAUUUUAAUAUGCACUCAAAAAUCCCUAUCAAUGCUGCCGGACGGUUCCUAACAGCUGACGAAAUCCGAAAGAGUGCAGUCCAUGAAAUGUAUGAUUUUUGUGCUGAAAAUGAUCUUGUUUUGCUCUGGACAUACUUGUGGUCUGCUUGGUACAAGAUGUCAAAGUGGGAGUUAACUGGAAGUUACGCAAUUUUUCAACAAGGCUAUGCGUCGAUUCAUACUGCGGGAAAAAUUAACUGGCCGGCUAAUUCUUCAGACCUGAGCCCAAUAGAGAACAUUUGGAAGAUAUUAAAGGACAAUAUUAAAAAAAUGAGAUCUUUCCGAAGACUGUGGACGAACUUAAAGGUUGCAUUAAAGAUGGGGUGGGAAAAAAUUGAUGUGGCCAUUUUAGAACGGUAUUGGAGUCAAAUGGAGUGCCGAUUACAUAUUAAAUAA